UUUAGAGCACCUGCUCUAUGUAUGAGCUACCCCCUCCAUCUAUUAAGUUAACUAUAACUAUGUAAUAUAGAUGCGUCAGUGAAAGUGGAAUCUUUGCCACGUGGAGAUUGAAAAAAAAUACAGUUUCAUUAGUGUUUAAUAUUUAAAUUUGAAUGUUUUGCCAAUAUUAUACGGUUAACUAGUAUUUAAAUUAUAACUUGUGAGUGGGAAAUUUAAAAAAAUAAUGGAAGAAGAACUUCAGGAGCUUGCAGUUGCUUUGUAUGAUAUUGAAGCAGUUAAAUUUGGUGAAUUUACAUUGCAAAAUGGAUGGAAAACUCCAAUUUAUAUUGAUUUGAGAGUGAUAAUUUCAUAUCCUAAGCUAUUGACUAAAUUAUCAAAAACCUUAUGGAAACUUGCUAAGGAUACAAAAAAUAUUUCUCAUAUAUGUGGAGUUCCCUAUACAGCAUUACCAAUAGCUACAAUUAUUUCUGUUGAAUCAAAUAUUCCAAUGCUAAUGAAAAGAAAAGAAUCGAAAUCUUAUGGUACGAAGAAAUUAAUUGAAGGUAAAUUUGAACCAGGGGAUAAAUGUGUCAUCAUUGAAGAUGUUAUAGUUAUUGGAUCGAGUGUUUUAGAAACUGUAAGUGAUUUAAGAAAUUCAGGAUUGAAAAUAUCAGAAGUUUUUGUGGUUGUGGAUAGAGAACAAGGAGGCAGGAAAAAUUUAGAGAAUAACAAUAUUCAAGUUCGAAGUCUUUUUACCAUAUCUCAAUUAAUGAAGUAUCUAUUGAACGCUGGCAAAAUUACUCAACAAAUUGUCGAAGAAAUGACAGAUUAUAUUGCAAAAAAUAAAGAUCAAUGACAUUAAUAUUUUUUUAAAAAGGAUUUUAUACUUAAGACGUACAUACGACAAUAGUUAAAAUUUCAAUGACAUUAAAAAGAAAUUUUCUUUUGAGAUCAACGAUAUUAGAUGAAAAUAAACUAGAUUUACCUAUUAGAAUUAUUAUUUACCGUAUUAGAAAAAAAAGUAUUAUAAUUGUUCGAAUGUAAACACUGAAAGAAAUGGUUGAUUGAGAAUGUCAUUUACUAUUAGUAAAAUAUGGUGCUACUAUUUUAAUUAACAGAUAAUUGAACAAAAAUAAUUAUUAUUCUAUUUUACACUAUUGAUAAAUUUACAAUAAUGUAGUUCAAAUCUGCUCAUAAAAAUAAUGAAUUUAUAGGGUAAAAAUAUUUUUAUAUUGUUGUAAAUCAAAAAAACAGAGUUUGUACUUGAAUUUUCAAAAAUAUAAUUUUUAAACUAUUUUAUACAAAAAAUGUACAUUUUCCAACAUAAAAACAUGUAUUUUUCUCCUUAUCGCUACAAAUAAAAAAAAACUGUACAUUGUGCACAAGAUUAUACACAAUAAAAUGUAAAUUUUUAAUUUACAUAAAAUUAA